AUGGAUGCGGAUAGCUUCCGGGUACGCGGUCUUGGGUCCGAAGAAAUGGAGCCGUAUCAGUUAACCGCAACGCAAGUCCUUGAGAAGUUCAAAGAUGGAUCGUUAACAAUUGAGCAAUAUGCUCGUUCUUUACUCGCUCGGAUCGAGAAAAGAGACGAUGCCGUUAAGGCGUGGGCGUAUCUGAACCCAGAGUAUGUGAUUCAGCAAGCGAAAGAACUUGACGCCGUUCCCCUUGAGAAACGAGGGCCUCUUCAUGGUGUAGCUGUUGCUGUCAAGGAUAUUAUGUACACCAAAGAUAUGCCAACUGAGCACAACUCCCCUAUAUACAAAGGAGACGAGCCAAAAGUCGAUGCAUCAGCCAUAAUGACCCUCCGUCACGCCGGCGCCUUAAUUCUCGGUAAAACAACCACCACCGAAUUCGCAUCCACAACUGCCGGCCCCAAAACCAGCAACCCACACGACGCAACCCGAACCCCAGGCGGUUCAUCCUCAGGCUCCGCAGCCGCAGUAGCAGACUUCCAAGCACCAAUCGGACUAGGCACACAAACAGGCGGAAGCACAAUCCGCCCCGGUUCCUUCAACGGUAUCUACGCCUUCAAACCAACAUGGAACGCGAUCAGUCGCGAGGGAUUGAAAGUGUACUCCCUGAUCCUGGACACGAUCGGUUUUUUCGCGCGUAGUGCCGAGGAUCUUCAAUUACUAUCUGAUAUCUUCCUGCUCGAGGAUGAUGUCCCACCUCCUACCAAUUUCUCGGUCAAGGGAGCUAAAUUUGCGGUGUUGAAGACUAUGGUAUGGCCUUCCGCCGGACCCGGUACAAUCGCUGCGCUUGAAGCCGGCGCGCGGAUUUUAAAGGAGCAUGGUGCCCAUGUCGAAGAAAUCGAGUUACCGCCAUCUUUCGACAAGAUGCCGGAAUGGCGCCACAUCGUCAUGCAGACCGAGGCACGUCCCUCCUUUCUAGCAGAGUACCGCGUCGCGAAAGAUAAACUAGCGCCGUUUCUCGUGGAUCAUGUUGAGAACGGACAGAAGAUAUCGCGAGCGGCGCAGUUAGAAGCUUUAGAUGGGAUAGCGAGACUGCGACCGGAGAUCGAUGAGAUCGCUGGUCGGUAUGAUGCUAUUCUUACGCCGAGUGUGGUGGAUGAAGCACCUGUGGGUUUGGAUUUUACGGGGGAUGCGGUGUUUAAUGCUAUUUGGACGGCACUUCAUACGCCGGUGGUGAAUAUACCGGGAUUUAAAGGUGAGAAUGGGAUGCCGAUUGGACUAUCGCUAGUUGCGCCGAGGUAUCAUGAUAGACGUCUACUUGUGGUUUCCGAAGCCGUUGGGAAUAUUUUCAAGAGCGAAGGGGGCUGGAAGAAGCAGAUUCAUGAUUGA